UUAGCAUGCUGAGUGGAAGAAUAUCAACUUUAAAGGAUGAAACUGGAGCUAUUUUUAUUGAUCGUGAUCCAAAGUUGUUCAAUAUCAUUUUAAAUUUUAUGAGAACAAAAGUUAUUGAUCUCAGUGAUGUUGACAUCAGUACUUUGAGACAUGAAGCUGAAUUCUAUGGUAUAUCACCAUUAGUGAAACGCCUAAUCCUCUGUGAAGAUCUCAAUCAUUCUUCGUGUGGCGAUGUGCUGUUCCAUGGAUAUUUAUGUCCUGCAGCAUCCCCUCCAAAUGAUCAGCUAUUAAAAAAUGAUAAAAAGGGAGCAAGUUUUCCCAAAACUGAAACCAGCUCAUUAUCAAAUGUCACUCCUUCAACUAGUGGAAGUAGUAGUGGAACAGCUGAUGCUCGUCCUGGCUUAGUGUUUAGAGUGUUGCCAGAUCAUUCUCAUCAGAAAACAUCUUCUGUUUCAAGAACGCCAGAUGCUUGGCCAGUCCCAUCUUUAUCCCGAAGUUCAUCUGACAUAAGAAAUAUUGGAAGAGGACACUCUCGUGCAUCAUCUUUAGAUAUGCGCCAUUCGAGAAAUUCAUCUGCCGAUUUAAGCAAAAUGUUUAAGAUUGACCUUAGUUCAUUUUUCAACAAUCAUGGUAAUUAA